CGGCGCCGGCCCAAAAGGCGGAGUCGCCAAUCCUAGAGGCCAGAGCUGUGAGCGCGGUGCAGGCUGCUGCGACGCAGAAAACCAGUCGGAGUCCGAACCCGGAGGAACCCCUCGUCCCUCGCCCCCGUCCUGCCUGGCCAGGCCCCGCGCUAUGGAGUUCCUCUGGGCCCCUCUCUUGGGUCUGUGCUGCAGUCUGGCCGCUGCUGAUCGUCACACCGUCUUCUGGAACAGUUCAAAUCCCAAGUUCUGGAAUAAUGAUUACACGGUACACGUCCAGCUAAAUGACUACCUGGACAUCAUCUGUCCACAUUAUGAAGAUGACUCUGUGGCAGAUGCUGCCAUGGAGCAGUACACAUUGUAUUUGGUGGAGCAUGAAGAAUACCUGCUGUGCCAGCCCCAGUCCAAGGACCAGGUCCGCUGGAAGUGUAACCAGCCCAAUGCCAAGCAUGGCCCAGAGAAGCUGUCUGAGAAGUUCCAGCGCUUCACACCCUUCACCCUGGGCAAGGAGUUCAAAGAGGGACACAGCUACUACUACAUGUCUAAACCCAUCUACCACCAAGAAGAUCAGUGCUUGAGGUUAAAAGUGACCGUCAAUGGCAAAACCACUCAUAGUCCUCAGGCCCAUAUCAAUCCACAGGAAAAGAAACUUCCAGCAGAUGACCCACAGGUGCAGGUUCUACAUAGCAUCGGUGACAGUGCUGCCCCUUGUCUCUUUCCAUUUGCCUGGGCUGUGUUGCUUCUGCCACUUCUGCUGCUGCAAGCCCCGUGA